CAUCCCUUUACGGUAGUAUAAUAUAAAAAAACAAAGCCAAAAGUGAGAGAUCGAUCUCUGCGCCGAUCAAGUGUUCGACAGAAUGCUUCUGUGCGGAGACAUGGCGACGAAGUUCGCUUCUCCCGUUUUUUCAAUGGCGAAACCACUCGAAUCGAGUAAAAGAAACAAGAGGAGAUCCAUAAGGAUGUUCAAGUGCAGAGCCGCCGGAGCUGACGGCGGACGCGUUACCGUCGGAGACGACGUGUUUUCCGUCACGACUGCUUCCAAGUACGAAGUGGACUAUCUGGGCCAAAGCACCAAGGGAGAUUUGAAUCUCAAGCUUGACCCUCUCCACUCAUUUGGAAAUGGGCAGGCUACGUUGGAGGGUCCUAUUGAGGAAGUAGCGAGAACAGAGGCUCAAGCGGCUGAGAAUUUGAUUAGAGAACUGGGUAUCCAAGGUCCUUUCUCUGCUCAACACUCUCCUAGGGGUAUAUUUUGUAGUCGUACAUUGAAUCUACGGUCCAUUAGUGCGAUUGGGUAUGAUAUGGAUUACACUCUGAUGCACUACAAUGUCAUGGCUUGGGAAGGAAGGGCUUAUGAUUAUUGCAUGGAAAAUCUAAAGAACAUGGGUUUCCCUGUUGAUGGACUUUCUUUUGACCCGGAACUGGUUAUCAGGGGGCUCAUGAUUGACAAAGAGAAAGGAAAUUUAGUCAAGGCUGAUAGAUUUGGGUAUGUGAAGAGAGCCAUGCACGGUACAAAGAUGUUAUCAAAUAAAGCUGUCAGUGAUAUCUAUGGAAGGGAGUUAGUUGAUCUUCGGAACCAGAGUCGAUGGGAGUUUCUCAAUACAUUCUUUUCUGUUUCAGAGGCUCUGGCUUAUGCACAGAUGGUUGAUAGAUUGGAUGAUGGAUCCAUUUCAGCAGAUCUUGGCGUUCUUGAUUACAGAGGAUUGUACAAGGCUGUUGCAAAAGCUCUCUUCAGAGCACAUGUUGAAGGACAACUUAAGAGUGAGAUAAUGUCCAAGCCUGAACUAUUUGUGGAGCCAGACCCAGAGUUACCUUUAGCGCUUUUGGAUCAAAAGGAGGCUGGUAAAAAGCUCUUGCUUAUCACAAACUCAGAUUAUCACUACACAGACAAAAUGAUGAAGCAUUCAUUCAAUAAGUUCCUUCCCAAUGACAUGGACUGGCGUGAUCUUUUUGACAUGGUGAUAGUGUCUGCGAGGAAACCAGAGUUCUUCCAGAUGUCACAUCCUUUGUACGAGGUUGUGACUGGAGAGGGUUUAAUGCGUCCAUGCUUCAAGGCUGAAACAGGAGGUUUAUACUCAGGAGGAAGUGCUCAGAUGGUAGAGAGCUCACUCAACGUUCAUGGAGAUGAGAUUUUGUAUGUGGGUGACCACAUCUACACUGAUGUCAGCGUAUCCAAAGUCCAUCUCAGGUGGCGAACUGCACUGAUUUGCCGUGAACUGGAAGAAGAGUAUAUGGCUCUAAUUGGUAGUCGUGGUCACAGAGAAGAGCUAAUAGAGCUUAUAAAUCAAAAAGAGGUUGUUGGGGAUCUCUUUAACCAGCUUCGGCUUGCUCUGCAAAGAAGAAGCAAAGGCCGUCCUGCUCAGACCUUAGCUGCUACCAACUUGGCUGAUCAAGAACUGACGGAGACCAUGCAGAAGCUUCUCAUUGUAAUGCAAAGACUAGAUGACAAGAUUGGUCUAAUGCUUGAAUCAGACGGCGAGCUCUUCAACAAAAGGUGGGGCUUCCUUUCACGUGCGGGGUUGUGGGACAAAAGCCACUUGAUGAGACAAAUCGAAAAGUAUGCUGAUAUAUACACAUCAAGAGUCUCCAACUUCCUCAACUACACACCCUUCAUGUAUUUCCGCUCGCAGGAGCAGUCAUUGGCUCAUGAUUCUCCGCUUCCUGAUGAGGCUUUGGAAAACUAGCGGGUCUUGUGCUCAAACUUGAUGUAAUCUUAUUAUAUGAAAAAAGUGUGGAUAGAAGUGUAACAGUAGAAAUUCUGAAGCUCAAACCCUCUUUUUUGUAUAAAUGUGAAAUAAUAUUCAUAUUCUCUGAACUAAGUUGAAGCGUAAUGCUAUUGCUUUGAUUUCUUGAA